CUCAACUUAGAUACAGCUGCUCAUUCAGACAUCCCAGCAUUUUGAUGGCCUAUUUUGCUUCAACGCCCGAGUACAAGACCCAGGAAGCUCAUGAAGAGUAUGCUGAAGAUCAACUCCAGGACUGCCGUUUUGUGUACGAAGAUCCUGACAAUGAAGAGCAACCUGGCGCAUUUUUAUCAGAGUAUAUCUUAUGCAUUUUCGCCUCCCAUCUCAGCGCAAUAUCUGGGAAAGUGAGGGUUGAUGACCUGGUUGAAUUCGGGAAGCCUGGGUAUCUGACCGCACUUGCGCUUGCUGCCGCAGCAGUAAGUGCCCAAAUUUUCCCUCUUUCACUCUCUAUCUUGCGCCAGCAGAACAUUAACUAGUGUAUUUACAGGCUGAACGCGCUCUCAUCCU